AUGAGCAAGCGCGCCGCGGCGAUGACGACGCCGACGAGGAAGCCGGCGGCCAAGCGUCGCAAGGCGCCGGCCGCCUCGCCGAGCAAGAAGGUGCUCGCGCCGGGCCCGCUCCUCGGCGCCGACGAGCCGCUCUUCGCGCUCGGCGAGCCCGGCGCGCUCGCGCUCGUGCCGUGCACGGUGCUGCGCCGGCCGUCCGCGCGGAACCGGAGCCCCUACGUCGCCGACGUGGAGCUCGCCGACGGCCGCGUCGCUUUGUGCCACGUGCCGUCGCUGGGCCUCGGCGGCAAGGCCGACGCGGGCGCGCGCGUGCUCGUGAAGCCCGCGGUGGACAAGAAGACGGGCGGCCCGCUCGGCGCCGACGCCGUGAGCCCGAAAUACGGCACGCCCAAGUGCGAGUUCAUCUGCCAGCUCGCGGAGCUCGAGGGCGGCGGCUACGUCGGCGCGCACCCGUCCAUCGGCGAGUCCGCGGCGAACGCGCUGCUCGCGCGGACGAACCUGCUCGGCGACGUCUGGGACGGGGACCGCGGCGCCGCGGAGAUCCGGCGCGAGGUCGUGGCGCCCUUCGGCGCCGACAUGCGCGCGGACUUCGUCGUGUCCGGCGGCGCCAAGGACGCCGUCGUCGAGGUCAAGACCGUCGUCGACAGCGACUUCGACGUCGGCUUCGGGGACGGCACGAGCGGCGGGCCCCGCGCGGCCAUCUUCCCCUGGGGCAACAGCAACCAGAAGGGCCCGGACGGCGAGAAGGUCGUCUCCGCGCGCGCCAUCAAGCACGUCGACGCGCUCGCGGACAUCGCGCGGUCCGGCGACGGCGCCGCGGCCGUGCUCUUCGUCGCCGUACGCGACUGCGCGGUCUUCAAGCCCAACGCCGAGGCCUGCCCGUCCUUCGCCGCGCACCUCCGCGCGGCGUCGCGGGCCGGCGUCGCGGUCCUCGCGCGGAAGCUGCGCUGGGACGUCGCCGACGGCGUCGCGCGCGCCUACGACGCCGGGCCCGUGCCCGUGGACCUCCUCGAGUAA